AUGCCCAUGAUCACUGAGAAACCGGUGAUCGUGGACUGGGAUGGCCCAGACGACCCAGAGAAACCCUUGAACUGGCCGAAGAACACAAAGACAAUGAUCAUCAGUGCUGUCUGUCUGAUGCGAUUUACCACUCCCUUGGCUUCUUCGAUGAUGGCGCCGGCGCUUCUCCAGAUCGAAGAUGAAUUCUCCAGUGCCUCGUCCAUGGUCAUCACCUUUACCGUUUCGAUUUACAUUAUCGGUUUCGGCAUCGGCCCCCUCUUCCUCGCGCCCUUGUCCGAGGUCUACGGACGCAACCUCAUCUAUCACGUCGGAAACAUCCUCUUCACACUGUUCACGGCGCUGUGCGGCCUGUCUCCCAACUCGACCGCCCUCUUGGUUUUCCGACUCAUCGCCGGUGUGUUUGGUGGCGCGCCCUUGACCAAUGGCGGUGGAUCCAUCGCCGAUCUGGUGCCCGUCACGGAGCGUGGGUUCAUCAUGAGUAUCUUUAGUCUGAGCAUGUUGAUUGCUCCCGUCGUCGGACCUAUUGUAGGCGGGUUCUUGUCGCAGGCCGCGAACUGGCGGUGGAUUUUCUGGCUGCUGACCAUGCUGAGUGGCGUCACUACCGUUGUCUCCUUCAUUUGCCUCCGCGAAACCUUCGGCCCCGUCCUACUCGAGCGCAAGGCGGCCAAGAUCCGCAAAGAGACUGGAAACCCCAACGUCCAGGUGGUCGGCCGCGGCGACAUCAGCCUCGGAAAACUUCUCCGGCAGACCCUGAUGCGUCCCAUCACCUUCCUGUAUAAGAGCGCGGUCAGUAUCGUGAUGGCCAUCUACAUGGGUCUGGUGUACGGCAUCAUCUACCUGCUCUUCACCUCCUUCACCCAGGUGUUCCAGGAGCGAUACGGGUUCAGCCAGGGCAUCGCCGGCCUGUGCUACAUCGGCCUGGGGUUGGGAUGCGCCUCGCAGCUGUUCCUGGGAAGCUACAGCGAUAAGAUCUACACUUCGUUGACCCAGCGCAACGGCGUCGAACGAGCCGAAUACCGACUCCUCCUCCUCAUCCCCGCCGCCUUGUCCCUCCCCAUCGGACUGGUGAUCUACGGCUGGACCGCAGAAUACACCGUCCACUGGAUCGUGCCCAUCAUUGGCACCGUCUUCAUCGGCGUCGGAUUCUCCGGCUCAAUGACCAGUGUGCAGACCUACCUCGUCGACGCCUUCACGGCCUACUCCGCCAGCGCCCUGGCCGCCAACAACGUGGUGCGCAGUAUCGCCGGUGGUGUGGUGCCGCUGGCCGGCCCCUCCAUGUAUGGCAAAUUAGGACUCGGAUGGGGCAACACCUUGCUGGGUCUGCUGUCCUUGUUCUUUGGCCUGACGCCGUUGUAUUUCUACUGGUUUGGGGAGAAACCCCCGAAGAAGGGGGAAGACCCCGUCUAG